AUGGGUUUAGGGGCGGCUAAGAACCAGAUCAGGAACUAUCUAGCACUCCUGGCCAGAGUCCUCCCUCGGGAGGAAAAACCAUACUUUACUGCCGGAACCCUGGUCUUGACUUUUUCGAAAAAAUUAGGUGAACGGGUCCUCAAGAUUAGAGAAAGCGACUAUCGGCCUGAGGGGGACCCUCUGUGA